AUGCGCCACAACUCGGCCUCGGUAUGCGAGGGCAAGGGGUACAAACAUUUGAAGGAGCGAAUUCAAGAUCUUGUCAAUGCUGCCGGGGCUACAGUCGAGAGCAAUCUGCCAACAGAGAACCCCACAAGCGAUACCAACGUGGAUGACACAUUACAAGAGCCCCGAAAAUCCGUUAAAGUGUGCUUUACAAACACAAGUCCGGACAUGAAAGAUGAUAUCCUCAAACGAGCAAGCGCCAACGGAUUACAUAUUGUGGUACACGAGAAAGUAAUGAAGGAUACGAUACACAUUGUUUCAAUGGUGGAUGCCGAAGGUAUUGCCAGUCGCACCGAAUCGCAUGUAUUGGAAAUUACCCUCUCAAAACAUGUGGUGUCUACACAAUGGCUCGAAGAGAGCAUUACUCAGAAGACAUUUACCAAGGAGAACAAUUUCAUGGUCACCGGUGAUCAUAUUGCCGGCGCCACUGGUGCACCACAACGAGCUUUGGAGAUGAAGGGAAAGCUUUUGGAAGGAUUGGGGAUAAUUCUUUCUUUGGAGAGGAUGAAUGAGGACAACUAUGAGCCUGGACUCUACGUAAGUGAUAUCCUUCCUUGCCAUGGAUCGAACUGGCCUUGCGUGAUUCGUGCAGUGAUUUUUCAAGAACAAGGGAUCCCCGGACGUUGCUCGUAUGGCAUUGAAGGGGAAGGGUAUAAAUCUUUGAAGGAGAAACUACAAGACCUAUGCAAUGCUGCGGGAGGCACAGUGGAGCGGAAUUUACCAAAAACCCAGAAUAAGACAAGUGAUUCCAACUUCGACGAGAAGCAAGUAACCACGUUAUCCGAACCAGUGUUUUUGAUACCUACAACCGAACUUCGCAACACUUUAUAA